AUGUUCUGGUUUCAUGGAAAACGAGAUCGGAGGAGUGAAUAUGGUGAAUCUGUUUGUAGAUAUGGUGUAUGCUUGAAUGGUUUUGAGGUGACUGAGUGGUGUUUUUUUUAUGCGGUUUAUUCUUGGUUCCGUUUUUUUCGGAGAAAUAAAUCGGUGGUGGUAACAAUGUUAAAGGUUGGAGAGAGGGUUUUGUGGGUUCAACAGGGUUGGUGUCUCAAGAUUCGGUUAGAAUGGGUACCAGUUUUUUUGAAAGAAGAUUUUGGGUUUGUGAUUGCCGUUGGAUGUUCUGAAGAAGGAGAUACCGAGGACGACAAAACAAUGGUAAGAUUUGUACAAAUUACAGCAGGUUUUGUCGCACGUGGCUGCUUUCUUUCAUUUUUCCUUGCCAUUUGA